UUCAGACUGACCCGAUGUUCUGAUUUAGAUGAACCUGAUUGUCAGCUCUGAAAACGGCAAGGCGUCCUCCACUGACAUCCUGAACAGUACCGACACCCUGACCACCAAAAAGCUGAAGAAGAGCGAGACGGAGCAUCUCCUGAACCGACUCGUGCAGGACAAGUGGCUCAACGAGAAAAGGGGAGACUACACUCUGUCCACCAGAUGUAUCAUCGAGAUGGAGCCCUACAUCCGCACCAUGUAUCAGGACCAGGUCAAGGUGUGCCACAUGUGUCACGACAUCGCCAUCCAGUGUCAGAUCUGUGAGAAUCCUACAUGUGGAAUAAAAAUACACAACCCGUGUGUGGCCAAAUACUUUGAGGGCCGAGCCGAGCCUCAGUGUCCCGCCUGUGGUGAGUUUUGGCCACAUGAAAUCCCAGAAAUCGGACGACCCCGCUCUCGGUCCAGAAGAUGAAGAAAGGUUUUCUUCAUGUGCACAUUUUUUAGUAUAUUUGAGCAAAACUUUAUUUUAACCUGAAGUGUUGAUGUAUAAAUUGUUUUAACAUUAUUUUUUA